GAUACUUAAAGAAGGGUGGCAAUAGUUUGGUAAGAAAUUGAAGGAAAGUAAUAAAACCCCAAAGACAGAACAAGAAGACGACUAGCACACACACCAUUAGGAGAGAGAGACCUAGAGAGAGAGAGAUGGUAGGAGAAUAGUCAAACUCAAGAUGAUAUAACCGGUGGCGCCGGUCAGACUUUAAUAAACCUCCCAAAACCAACUACCCCUUCUCUUCUUUCAUUCUGUGCCUCAUUCUUUGUCUCUGCUUCUUCUUCUUCUUUUAUUUCUUUAACUCAUCUUUGCGUCCUCUUUCUGGGUUUUGAUCACCUCUUUGUUCCCCUCACAUGGCUCAACGUCCGGUUGUACCAAAGUUUGGCAACUGGGAAAGCGAAGAUAAUGUUCCUUACACAGUAUACUUUGAAAAGGCACGCAAGGGUAAAACUGGUGGGAAGAUGAUAAAUCCAAACGACCCUCAGGAAAAUCCAGAGAUGUUUCCCGAUUCUGCUCAAGAGCCACCGGUUAGAGCCAGAAGUGCACCAGAGGAAUUAGUAGGAGGGAAGGCAGCUAAACCACCAACACAUGAGAGGCACUCAAGCAGGGAAAGUGCUGAUCCGAGGCAGUACCAUGAUGCUCCAGCGCGUAAUGACAAUGCGGGUCGUCGAGGUAGUACUGGCUCUGCGUAUCAAAAUCGAGGAGGCCAUGGAUCUGGUUCUGGUCGACCUUCAAGGGCAAGCACUGGAUCUGAGCAUAGCGUUGAUCGAUCACCGCUACAUCCACAAUACCAGGCAAAACUCGCUGGAAAAGGUAGCUCGUCUCCUGCUUGGGAAGGGAAACAUUCUUAUGAUAGUAGCCAUGGUACACCUGGACGAUCAAGAAUGAAGCCAGUUUCUCGAGGAGAUGAAUCUCCGGAUAAAGGUGCUGCAGUUCCUCGAUUUGGUGAGUGGGAUGAGAACGAUCCUGCCUCAGCAGACAACUACACUCACAUUUUCAACAAAGUGCGUGAGGAAAAAAUAUCUGGAACACCAAAUAACAUAACCGCAGACCCAUCUUAUGCCACCAGACGAAAGCAGAAUGACCGCGACAAGUCCAAGCGCAGCUGUUUUCCAUGCUUCGGAAACUAAGAACUAGAGCUGAAAGUAUGUUCCAUUUUUAAGGUGCUUGGAACCUGUAAAUAGCUCUUAAUGGCUGUCUGCAAUCACUCCUUCUGUCCGAGCAAUAUGCUGCUGCAUUUUUUGGUAUAUGAUUGUGCACUUUUUUUCUCUACAUCACCAUACAAUAAACAGGCCUCUAAAAUUUAUUGUUUGAACCCUCUUGUUCCUAGUUUUCAUUUUGUAUGGUUUUAUUUGGCUUCAACCAUUUGUCUUUUUUAGUAGUACCAGUGUGUAAUAUAUAAAUUUCUGUUCGACAAUUACAAGUGGCUGAAAGAAAACUGGAGCCAUAUUCUUUUGAAUUCAUUAUCUUAAUUGUAUAA